AUGGAACGGACCGGCGGCGGUGGUGCCGAGAGCGAGCUGCUCCGCAUCGGAGGCCGCGUGGGACCUGCGGAGCUCGCCGUCGUGUGCGGCGACGCAAACGCCGCCGUCGCGAGGGUCGACGGCGGCGACUUCUCGCUGGUCGCUGUAACGAGGGAGGGGACGCCCUUGUGCUUGCUGGCCUGCUCGGUGGGGGAUCACCGGUGGCUUCUGGCCCGAGACUCGCCGGUUAUCCGCGUGGGGCCGAGGAAGUUCAGCUUCGCCUUCCCCGGGUUCUUCUACGGGCUCUCGCUCCCCGACGGCAGCUUCGACCGCGACGUCGAUAGGUUCGAGCUCGUCCUCGAGAGGUUCUGCACCUACCAGAACCAUGCUGGCCGCCGAGGUGGGUAGCCACCCCCCCGAAAGCUCUCUCUCCUUCUCUCUUUAUCUCAUUCUCUCUCUUUCUCAUUCCUUCUCUCUCCUUUCUCUCUAUAUCUCUCGUUCUCUCUCCGUUUCUCUCUUUCUCUCAUUCUCUCUCUUUCUCAUUCCUCUCUCCUUUCUCUCUAUAUCUUCUCUCUCUCUCUCUCUCCGUCUCUCUCCUCUCUCUAUCUUCUCUCUCCUUCUCUCUCCUCUCUCUCCCUCCCUUUCUCUCCAUCUCCCUCUCUCUUUCUCUCUCCCUCUCACCCUUUCCCCCCUCUCUCUCUCCUCUGUCUCUCCUUUUCAUCUCUCUCCCGUUCUCUUCUCUUUCUCUCUCUCUCGUAAAAGUUCCGACCUUUUUGCCUUCGUCACGCGCAGACGCCGAGUUCUCCCCGCGACGGCGAGACACAGACUUCUGGGCCUCAGCCUACGCCAAGAUCGACCUUCUCUCCUCCUCCGCCCUCCCUCCGCGGGGGUACUCAUCCCCCCCGGCGGCGGCUCUUUCCAUCCAGUCCGCCCAUCGCGCCUCCUCUGCCACCAAGCUGGUGGCGCAAGCCCUCAAGGCCAUCGCCAACCCCUCUCACCACAUUCAUAUCUCCGGCGACAUCUCCGGCGGCGCCACCUUCGUCUUCCCCACUCUCCGCGUUGUCUCCGACGUCGCCCACGUCCUUCAGGCCGCCGCCGGCGAUCUAUCCGGCGGAGCGAUGACCCCCCUCCGCCGCUGUUCGCCGCUCCCUGGCGGCGGCGGCGCCGCGUGCUGGCACUUCAACCUCGCCGGACUGCUGCUCAUCCUCCGCACCGUCUCCGCCGUGGCCGUGGGCGCCGCCGCCGCCGGAGUUGCACCGGAGUGCAGCACCUCCUCCGGCGCUGGCGGGGGGAGGGAAUGA